GCCCGUCAACCGACUGACUCCACAGCGCUUUGAAAUUUAAAUUCUUCUGCACAUUAGGGUUUACACUAUUACAACGUUAGUACUUAUUUACAAAUCAGUAGCGUGUGUUUUCAUCAACUUACUUGACUGUCCGCUCAGGCGUCGCUGUUCUUGUAGCCUCGACGAAUGCCUCAAAAAGCUAAAAAGAAAAAAAUCGCACUGAAGCACUUUAGCUAAGCUAGCUAGCACGCUAGCUUUUCUUCAUAUGUGAUUCCAGAGAAGAAAGGAGUAUCGGGACAGGAGCAGUAGUUCAUGGAAGACAAGAAAAGGAAAAAAGACGACAAAAGGAAAAGGGAAGCCUCUCAGAAGGUCACAGAACAAAAAAACAAAGUGCCAGACUUGACCAAGCCGGCGUCUGUCCAAUCUCCUGCCACUCAGAGCAGCUCUGCCUCCCCCAGCCCUGGACCCACCCCCUCUGCCUCCCCAUCCCCAGCCACCUUGGGCCCUGGCAGUGCUGCCACCCCGUCACAGGGCGGCAACAAUGCCAAGCGCCUGGCGGUGGCCAACGGACAGCCCACCUCCACCACCAUUUCUUCCUCCACCGCUGGCGGCUCCGGCGCUGCCGGAAACGGCAGUGCAAGUAGUGGAGGCGGAGCCCAGGCGCCUCAGCAGCAACCACGCUACAUGCCGAGAGAAGUGCCGCCGCGAUUCCGCUGCCAGCAGGACCAUAAAGUGCUACUGAAGAGGGGUCAGCCGCCACUGUCCUCCAUGCUGCUGGGAGGGGGAGGAGGAGGGGAUGGCCCCAAUGCAAACAUGGCUGCUGUCUCAGAUUCUGGUGCAGCUGCCUCCUCAUUGGCCCUCACCUCAUCAUCAGUUGCUGCUUCUACUACUACUUCUAAUUAUGCAAAUUCCAUGUGGGGGUCGAGCUCAGGCAGCCAGGCCUCCUCUCAGGGCAGGGAGAAGGUGAUCGUCGAUGGCAACGACCUGGAGGAGUGGCCUAGCAUCGCUGGCAGUGAUGGGGGAGGAGCUUCGUUCACCGCGACUGGAGGGGGCGGCAGCAACAACGGAAUGCCUGUGAACAGCAUCAGUGCCUCUGGCAACCAAUCCUCACCCACUUCCUCGUUCUCUUUGCCCAAUGAAUGUAUGCAGUCGUCAAACGGCGUGGCGUGGGGGAUGGCUGCCUCCCAGGGUCAUCUUGGAGGAGGGAAUACAGUAGCUGCAGCUGGGCCUCUGCUACAACAGCCCUCCUCACUUUCCAAAGCCUCCGCUGCUCCAGGGAGCCACGACGCCAGUGGCCCCAUCGACGGCAGCAGCGGGAUUCCAGGUGCCAACUUCAAUCCAAAUGCCAACCCUUCGGCCUGGCCUGCCCUGGUGCAGCAGGAUGGCCCCGUCGCGGGGGAAGGAGGUCCGUCUUCCUUCCAUCACCAGGGCCCCGGAGGGUCUUUGUCUGCCAACAACUCUGCUUCCCUGGGGCUGGGAGGCGGGGCGGUUUUAUCUGUGAAUCAAUCAAGCACCCAUCAGCGGCAACUUCACCAAAUGCAAUCCAGAGACAGAGAGAUGGGAGGGGGGAAGUGGGACAGCGAAUCAGCGGGACCAAAAAUUGCAGGGGGAGAAGUGAUCGGGGGAGGAAUGGACCGUGGGGUGGGAGGAGGUGAGAUGAGCGUGGGAGACCACAGCCUUGCCUCCUCGUGGAGAGGCCAGUCUUCUUUCCCUGCAGCUAACUCCAAAACAGGAGCUUCAAGGACUGAUGGAUGGGAGGGAGGAGGAGGUGGCACAGGGGGAUUCGGCGCUGCUGAAGGGGAUAAUGGGACCUCGGGUUGGGGGUAUCCGAGUUCCACCAGUGCGGUUAAUGCGUGGGGCGGUUCUGGAACUGGGGGGAACAGUAGUCAAACCUCCGGGGUAUCUCAGGGAGGGUGGGGGUCAUCAGGAGGAGUUGGGGAGAGAGGUGGUGAUUGGGGUGGGAGCUGCACUGGUAUUGGUGGAGCUAAUCCAGGAGGUGAGGGGGUGGGCGGAGCCUGCAGCAGCAACAGCAGCAGUAGUGGGGGCAGCACAGCUGGCAACCCCCCCGCCACUUCCUCCUCUUCAUCAACAGCCACCACUUUGACCAGAGCUUGGGACAAUCAGAAGGGAGAGAGUGAAACGGGGGAGUGGGGUGGGGGAGUAGACGGACAGGGAGCACAGGGAGGAUCUUCCUCCAGUGGUGGAAAUUCCAGAAACAGCAGUCACAGUCGUCCUCGUCGCCCUUCACCUAAUGCUGAAGUUGCCUUACAGAACCUGCUCAGCCGGUCUGACCUGGACCCGCGGGUCCUGUCCAACACAGGCUGGGGCCAAACACAGAUCCGACAAAACACGUCCUGGGACUUGGAAGAACAUGGAGGACAGAGUAAAUCGUCAUCAGCUACAUCGAAACACCCAUCUUCUCAGUAUGCUGGUGGCCCCAGGACUCUAGUCACUGAUCCUAUGGGUCCAGGGGUCAAUCCGCCCCUGGUUCCCUCUGCUGGGUCCUCCGCAGAGGGCUGGGAGAGCAGCAGCAACAGUAGCAGUAGUGGGGCUUCUCUGCCCGGGAGAGCCCCACCACCUUCAGGCCCCAACAUGAGGAAUCUUGGCGUCUCACAAUCUGGGCCAGUGACCACAACGGGACCUGGUAUGGUGUCAGGGGUAAUGCCAGGACACAGCCAGCAGGGGAAGGCUACAGGCUGGGGUGGAGGAGGGAUGGGGGCUGGGGAUGUCCAGCAGGGGAAGGGUUGGGGGACUGAGGAGUGGAGAGAAAGAGGAAACGGAGGAGGAUGGGGUGAUCUUGGACAACAGGAUGAUCCAGUGAGUGGAGGCUGGGGUGGAAAUCAGGAGGAGAAAGGGACGGGAGCGUGGAAGGAGAUGGGAGGAAACGGAGGAGGAGGAAGUGGGUGGGGAUCGGGGCAGAAGGUCGGGGCAGGUAGGGACUGGGGAGAGCAACAGUCCAAAUCAAAUAGCGGAGGAGGGGGAUGGGAGGAUGAGAGGAAGAAUGGAGGAGGAAACUCAGGUGGGGAUUCAAGUGCGGGUGGUUGGGGGAGCUGGGACGAUGGCGCUCCCCGCAGAACCUGGGGAGCAGGGGGCACAGGGGGAGGAGGAAGCGGAGGAGGAGGGGUGGGUGUUGUCGGGGGCAUGGGGUCCAAACCCCAUCAAAGUUGGAGCGGAGGAAACAAAAUGCACCAGAUGCCAAACAGCCAGUCGGGCUCCAUCACAGGCCCGCAGGCACAACUGCAACAGCAACAAUCACAGCCCCGCAAUCAGCAUCCACAGCGACAGCAAGCGUUGGACCAAGGGGCUAUGCAAGGGGGCGGGGGGAGGAAACCCAUCUCUCAAGCCCAGAAUCAGAACCAAAGCUCAGGCUGGACCUCGGGGCCCAUCCCUGGUGGCUCCGGAGGAUGUGGAAGCGGAACUGAACCAAGUGGCUGGGAAGAACCCUCGCCACAGUCUAUAAGCAGGAAGAACGAGAUAGACGACGGGACAUCAGCAUGGGGAGACCCAACACAUUACAACUACAAGCCGGUCAACCUGUGGGAUAAAAACUGCGCCCCUGCUGGGCAGCAGCAGCCUCAGGCCCAGGCUCAGCCGCAGCAGCAACCGCAGCAGCAGCCGCCUCCGAUACAGCAGCAGCCUAGCAGGCAGGCUGCAGGGCUCGGAGGUAACAGAGACUUCAACACUGGCCAUGGACCUGGAAAAUCUUCAGCUAUUAGUCCAUCAGGUUGGGGUGGUACUUCUCCAACCAGUCCUACAGUAGACAACGGCACUGCAGCUUGGGGAAAGCCUACUGAUGCCCCUACUGGCUGGGGAGACCCUGACGAUGCUGGAGGAAAGACGACGGGCUGGGGAAAUCCUUCUCCCAACCCCAUCAAAUCUGGUUCAAAGUCUAUGCAAGAUGGCUGGGGGGACAAAGAGGGCUCUGUGGCUGCCUCACGCCACUCAAGCUGGGAGGAUGAGGAGGAGGGAGGUGGCAUGUGGAACAGCGCCGGCUCCCAAGGAAGCGGCUCGUCUUGGGGACAGGGAAGCAAUGGGGGCUGGGGACAGAGCCACCCUGGGAAGAAGCCCAGCAACAAGGGUCCAUUGAAGGCCAGCGGAGGAGACUCAUGGAUGAGCCCCAUCAACAGACAGUUCUCUAACAUGGGGCUGCUGAAUGAUGAUCCCAGCAGUCCAAACAUCGAUCUGGCUCCGGGUUCUCUCCAGGAGAAGAAGAUGGAUGCGGAGAAAAGAGGCAUGGGGAUGGGGAUGGGCAUGAACGAUUACAAUGGAGACAUGAGGAAGGGAGGAAGAGGAGCAGGGGGAAUGUCUUAUCGUCCACCUGGUUCCAAAGAAGUGGCACCUGGGGACGCCGGGUCCUACUAUGACAAGCCCUUGCCUUUGACCAAUCAGGAUUGGUGCCUUGGGGAGGAGGGUCCUUGCUCUCUGUACUCACCACCCACUGUCUACAAGCCCCAUUCCCUCUUCAACCACACUAUUCCCUUUAGACAAGGUGGUCACAGUAUCUUUGGCAGUAGCGGAGGGAUGGCUCAGUCAAGACACCAGCCAAGUGUCCCACCCAUAAAUCAGUCCCCAGGGAUAAGAGCGCAAGUGCCUCAUCAGUUCCUGUCACCUCAGGUGCCAGGCUCCGUGCUGAAGCAGAUGCCCCCUCCCAGCGGGAGCGUAGGGGGUGUUGGCGGCGUGGGAGGAGUGGCAGGAGUCGGGGGAGGUGUGUUCCCUGCACAGCUGUCCCCCCAGCAUAUUGCCAUGCUCAGCAGCAUCUACCCACCUCACAUCCAGUUUCAGCUGGCUUGUCAGCUUCUGCUCCAGCAGCAGCAGCAGCCACAACAGCAGCAACAGCAGCUACUGCAAAACCAGAGGAAGUUCACACCAAACGUGCGGCAGCAGGCUGAUCCUCAUCAGCUGGCCAGGAUCAUGGCGGUGCUCCAGCAGCAGAGGCAGCAGCAGCAGGUCGGGGGCUUAGGCGGCAGCUCCAAACUCUCCCCCUCCCACCAUGGUGGAGGUGUCGCAGGGGGUCCCAAACUGCCCGGGGCUGAUCCCCUGCCCCAUCCAGGCCUGGCGGGAUCAGUGGCUGACCUGCAUCAGAAAACUCUCGGACCAUAUUCCGGGUUUGGUUCUGGGGUGAACCUCCCGGGUCUGGACCUGGGCGGCUCUAUAGUGGGGGGGCCUGGGGGCAUGAAGGACCUCGGGAUUCAGCAGUCCCGCUUCAAAUGGAUGAUGGAGGGACACUCUUCUCCAGACACCUCCUCACCUGAGAACGCAUUCCACAAAAAUGGUCCUGUCACCCCCAUGAAGAUGCCAGGGGGCUCGCCCUACUCUCAGUAUGACAUGAUGGUUGGAGACGGGCUGGGCGACAACUGGCAUCGUACCCCUGGCAACAAGAUGGGUUCCAAGCCUCCCACCACGGCCAGCUGGCCCCCCGAGUUCCAGCCUGGUGUGCCCUGGAAGGGAAUCGACCGUGUCGACCCUGAAUCUGACCCUUACAUGACCCCAGGGAGCAUGAUGGGAAACGCAGUGUCCCCCAACCUCAAUGAUACUGAGCACCAGUUGUUACAAGACAAUACUGAUUCCACCCCUCCCCUCAACACCUUGCUGCCUUCACCUGGUGCCUGGCCCUACAGUGCCUCAGACAGUCCCCUCAACAACGCACACAACUCAGCAAAGUACACAGACUACAAGACCAGCUGGCCCCCAGAGCCUAUCGGACACAAGUCCUGGAAAGCUAACCGGGGCAGCAGCCAGAACCAGCUGUCCCGCCCACCUCCAGGACUAGCCAGUCAAAAGCAGCCAUCGCCUUCCCCUUGGUCUGGUGGAGCCCCUCGACUGGCUGGCAGAGGCUGGGGCGGUGGCUCAAGCACCACUGCCUCGACCUGGAGUGACGGCAGCUCUCGGGAAAGCUGCUGGUUGGUGCUCAGCAACCUCACACCACAGAUCGAUGGCUCCACUCUGAGGACCAUCUGCAUGCAGCAUGGCCCUCUGCUGACCUUUCACCUUGGCCUGACCCAGGGCACCGCUUUGAUUCGCUACAGCUCCAAACAGGAGGCAGCCAAGGCCCAGAGCGCACUCCACAUGUGUGUUCUGGGUAACACCACCAUCUUGGCGGAGUUUGUGAGCGAGGAGGAUGUGGCCCGCUACAUUGCACAUUCCCAGGCAGGAGGAGCAGGGAGUGGAGGAACCACAGCCAGCUCUGCAGGCUCGGGGCCCACCACGUCCUCCGCAGUGGGGGCCAACAGCAACGGAGGGAGCUGCGAGAGAGGUGGAGCAGGAGUCAGCGGCGGCGGGGGAGGAGGAGGAGUAGAAGGAGGUUCCACAGCUGCAGGAGCAGGAAACGGAGGAGGCGGGCCUUCCAGCUCCGGGUGGCAGAGUCUGGACAGCACAGGCAGCUCAUCGGACCAGGCUGCCACCCAGGGGCCCGGGCUGGGCAUCUUUGCCCAGUGGAGCAGCAACGGGACCGCGGUGGGCGGGGCGGGAGGUGUGGAGGCCGGAAGGCAGGGUCUGUGGGGGGGCGGGGGGGGGAUGAGCGGGGCAGGGUACCCCAGCAGUAGCCUCUGGGGUUCCCCGGCGCUUGAGGAUCGUCACCAGAUGGGCAGCCCCGCCUCACUGCUGCCAGGGGACCUGCUGGGCGGGGGGGCUGACUCCAUCUGAGGGGCCGACUGACACAUUUUACACCCAAGUUGUAAUACACAUGUCACACUCUGUAUUUAUUUACACGUAGAGCGGUGACAUGAAUUAAAGCUACACUGGUCAUACGACACACAGAGGCUACAUGCAGUACAUUAUACACACGUCAUUCUCACACAUUAAACCGCUUAACUUUAAAUGAAGUCAACAGUAAAACUUGAACCGGGGAAAAAGGUGAAAUCCAUUAAACUCUUUCAACUGGAUAGCUCUUUGUCUUUUUACUCCAAAAUCCCACCGUCUGCAUUCAGAGACCCGAUCACUCAGGCAUGCACUGUAGACAGGCUCAGCCAGAGUCGUACAAGUUUAGCUAUUGCUGUUUUUAGUGUGCCACAAUUUAUUUUCUUUUGUAUUACUAUUUAAUGGUCGAAUCUCAAAAAAAAAAAAAUUUCAGACUUGCAGACUGAGCCCUCGUAGACCUGGCUGGCGUACAAUAAGUUCUCACGUUUGGAAGCUUGAGAGUGGGGAAGGAUCUGUAGGAAAUUUGGGACUGCGCCACACUACUGAGUCAAACGGACGAUCAGCGACCUUUGAGAUCUGGAGAGCGUUUUUAGUCGGUACCGACAUCAACAUGGGACCCAGGGUAAAAAAAAAAAAAAAAAAAAAGUCAAAACAGAAUUAGCCAAACUUGCACUAUAUGCCUCUGGGUUUGUUGUUGACACAUCCUCCACAAAUCCCUCCAUUUUUUGAAAACAGAGCUACAACACAACUACACAGGACGACUAAAUGUUACAACAGCAGUGGCCUUGGCUCCCAACCAGCGGCCGCCCGCCCGCCAUGUCAGCAGCCUUCACACCUUCUCAUCAGUUACACACUGCUCUUAUAUUUGACAAGCAAAAUUGUAUCUCCUCGUCGAUGUACGUCGGUUGUUUAUCAUUUUCUGUUUUAAAAGAAACGUGUGAAACUUUGUGGAAAUUCAGAGAUGUCCUUUUUUUUUUUUUUUUUUUUGUUUUUGCCCUUCAAACACUGACCUCGCUAUUGUAUUUUUUCUUACUCAAGAAAUCAAGUUGGUUAUUCUAUAUUGUCAUGAUGUUAAUGAUGAUCACUUAUUUAC